GGCCUGCUCGGAACGGGGCUGGGAACGGGGCACGGAACAGGGCUGGGAAGUGGCGGCAGCAGAGCCUCAGGGUCCAACGGGAGGCGGCGGCGGCGGCUGGAGUUGCAGUGACCCGGAACUACGGUGUAGCGAGAGCAGGGAGCAGACAGGAGCCAUGCCACCGCCCAAGGACGUGGUAAAGAUAGCCAUCCAAAUGGUGGGAGCCAUCCCGCAGCUCAUCGAGCUCCACCAGACCAAGCCCCUCUCCUCGGUGCUCAAGGACGUCUGCGAUGCGUGGAGCCUGCCCAACGCCGAGCACUACGCGCUGCAGUACGUGGAUGGGCGGCAGGCCUACAUCACCGAGUCGAACCGCGGGGACAUCAAGAACGGGAGCAUUUUACGGCUGACCACCUCCCCGGACCAAGAAGCAGAGCGUUUGUACAGUGGGAUCCAGAGCAACAACUCAGAUGUGAAGACUGACUCACUGAAAAAGCUUGCAAGCCUCUCCCAGGAUGUGACCUUUGCUCAGGAGUUCAUCAACAGGAAUGGCUUGAAGCAAAUCUUCUAUAUAGUGGAAGAAGGGAAUGAUACAGGGGAGAUGCUGGCUCAUACCCUAAAGGCCUUCAUGGAGUUGAUGGAGCAUGAUUUUGUUUCAUGGGAGACUCUUAGUGCAGCCUUCAUCAAGAAGAUAGUGAGUUACGUCAAUAUGAGUGCGGUGGAUGCAUCCAUCCAGCAGCUCUCCUUGUCUAUCUUGGAGAACAUGGUGCCUACCAGUCGCCUCCUCUUUGAGCUAGUCAAAAAAGAAGUGACAUUGGAUCGUCUUCUCGCCCACCUGCAGGUGACAAACGUCCAGUUACAGCUGAAGGCGAUGGCCCUGCUCAUUGCACUGCUGCUGGCUGCGACUAAUGCUGAGCGGCAGGAUAUGAUGGAGUACCUGAGGGGGAAGAACAUCAGGCAGUUUAUCCACAAGAACAUCAUCCACAGCUCCGAGCCGCUGGGGGACGAGAUGGCCCAUUACCUGUAUGUGCUGCAGUCUGUCAGCCUCAACCUGUGUGAGCACCAUAUGAGGACCUCCAUGGAUCCCUACUCCCAGGAACAGCGGGACCUUCUCCAGUCGCUGCGUCAAACUGCCUUUGAGUCAGAGAGCGAGGUGCCUGCCAGCAGCUUCAGCACUGAGCGCAGACGAUCCCUGUGUGCCAAGGAGUUCCGCAAACUGGGCUUCAUGAACAACAGCAACCCAGCAGAGGACCUCCGCCGUGCCCCACCAGGUCUCCUUGCCCUUGACAACAUGGUGUAUUUCUCCAGGCACACCCCUAAUGCCUAUAGCAGGUUUGUCCUUGAGAACAGCAGCCGGGAAGACAAACAUGAGUGCCCCUUUGCUCGAAGCAGUAUCCAGCUCACCUUGAUCCUCUGUGAGAUCCUGCACAUUGGAGAGCCGUGCUCGGAGACUGCUCAGGCCUUUUACCCUAUGUUCUUCGGGCAGGAUCAUUUCUUUGAAGAGCUCUUCUGCAUCUGCAUCCAACUGGUGAACAAGACCUGGAAGGAGAUGCGUGCUACCCAGGAGGACUUUGACAAGGUGAUGCAGGUAGUGCGAGAGCAGAUCACCAGGACCCUGUCCCUCAAGCCCACCUCCCUGGAGCUGUUCAAGACCCGAGUGAAUGCACUGAACUACAGCGAGAUCCUGAAGCUGCGGCAGACAGAGCGAUUGCACCAGGAGGAGACGCUGGCUGUACCCGUGCUGGAGCUGCGCGAGAGGCUGAAGCCGGAGCUGCUGGAGCUGGUCCGACAGCAGCGCCUGCUGCACCUCUGUGAGGGCACCCUCUUCCGCAAGAUCAGCAGCCGCCGCAGGCAGGACAAGCUCUGGUACUGUCGCCUGUCACCCAACCACAAGGUGCUGCACUAUGGGGAUGUGGAGGAGGGGGUGCACUCUCCCCCCAUUGAGAGCCUGCUGGAGAAAAUUCCUAUUGCGGACAUGAAGAUGCUGCUCUUGGGGAAGGAGUGUCCACACACAAAGGAGAAGAGCUCCGGGAAGCAGAACAAGGAUGUCCUGGAGCUGGCCUUCUCCAUUGUGUACGACAUGGAGGAAUAUUGCCUCAACUUCGUUGCCCCAACCCGGUAUGAGUUCUGCCUCUGGACAGAUGGGCUGAAUGUGCUCCUCGGCAAGGAGAUGACGAGUGAACGAAUGCAGACGGACCUUGAUGUCCUGCUGUCCAUGGAGCUCAAGCUGCGGCUCCUGGACCUGGAAAACAUCAGCAUCCCCGAUGCCCCGCCUCCCAUCCCAAAGCCCCCCAGCAACUUAAAUUUCUGCUAUGACUUCAGCCAUGCAGAGCACUGAGUUCCUCCCUGUGCCCAGUUCUCCCUUAUGCCCCCCAAAAUCAACUCCAUUCCCCUAUUCUCUGUCCCUCAUCUCCAGUCCAAAGGGACACGCCCAGGUGGUGGCUAGGGGCUUGGGCACAUACUGCCUGCACCUUGCCCAUCCCGGGGUGAACAGCCCACCCUUCCCUACCUGUGUCUUGCCCUCCUGUGGGAGCAUGGGGAUGAGCAUGGCUCUUGUUUAAGGUGGGGUGAUCUGUCUGAUUUGCCCCCAAGCCACAGGCAAGACUAUACACUUUGCAGGCAUCUGAACCCCGCUGGGGUGGUGCUGACCACCCACCACUGCCAGGCUUUGAGCAGAGAGGGUAACGCUAGAGCUGGAAUAAAGGUACUGGCAACUCUGGGACAGCUGGAGGGGGGUCAGCACUACAAAGGUAUGAAUCCGUGCUGCCUGACUCUCCCCAUGAGUGCAGGCGAUACUCUCUUGACAAAAACGUGGUUAGAAAAAGGAUAAAAGCCCCCUUCCUCUUGGUUUGGUGAGCAGAUGUCAUCUCUAGAGCACCAUGUGCCUGCCCAGCCAGGCCCCUCCUCCACUGAAAUGUUUUUUCACUGAGCCCUGUGUGCUCCCUGUCCUGGAAGGGGGUCUUUAGGGUACAAUCUCCCUCUCCCCAGCACCUCAUCAGCUGGGCAGGGGCCCACUGCCACCAUGCCUGGUGCAAGAAGACUCUGGUCUGUACUCACUGCUGUGGUGUUGUACCAGUCCUGGUGCCUUCCCCCACCCUAGGAAGAUACUUGCACACUUCAGCCAUGCUGCUGCACUACUGCACCAUGACAAGCUACCUCCCACCAUGGUGCCCUGCACCUUCUCGUGCCUACAGCUUCUCCAGGGGUACUGCGGUCACAAGCGCUGCUGCAGGGCACCAGGGCUUGGCCGUGCCUCUGCUCCCCGUGUACUGGGACAAUAAACACUUGUGGAGAACUUA